AGUCUCCCAACUUAAAACUUUUGACCAUACAAAACUUUUGUAAAGGCGCAGUCGUCAGCUCAUCCUCUCGAGUGAAGAUUUAAAGAUGUCUGGAAGUAGCUCUGAUCAGGGCUCUAUUGAUAAUCCGGUCAAGUUUAAGGAUCAGGACUAUGAAACCCUACUGCAGAACUGUCUUAAAUCUGGCGUGCUGUUUUCAGACCCCAUCUUUGCAGCGAAUCAAAGCUCUCUCGGUGUACCAGUGGAUCCUGAUCCCAAAAAGGCAGUGAGGUGGCUCCGGCCAAAGGAAAUCACAAGCAAUGCUGUCUUUGUUGAGGGCACCAUGGGCACCACUGAUAUCUGCCAGGGCCAGCUGGGCAACUGCUGGUUGCUGGCCGCCCUGUCCUGUCUUACAAUGCACCCGACCCUGUUUGUCAAAGUGGUUCCAUCUGGCCAAAGCCUGAGCGAAUCGUACGCUGGCAUCUUCCACUUCAGGUUCUGGCAGUAUGGUGAGUGGGUGGAGGUGGUUGUGGAUGACAAGCUGCCUGUGAGAGAGGGCCGUCUGCUUUUCAGCUAUUCUCGCACCAGCAAUGAGUUCUGGAGCGCCCUGGUGGAGAAAGCUUAUGCCAAGCUGAUUGGAUCCUAUGGCAGUCUGAAAGGAGGUAUUAUCUCCGAGGGAAUGGAGGACUUUACAGGGGGGAUUGCAUACUCACUCCCCGUGUCUUCACGGACCCCACGUGUGCUCUGGAAAGCCAUUACUGGCGCCCUGGCCAGAGACAGCCUGAUCAGCUGCUUCAUACACGCUACAAAUGUGAAGGACAUUGGCACUGUGACACCAGACGGCUUGAUAAAAGGUCACGCCUACGCCAUCACUGAUACGAAUAAGGUCCAGAGGCAGUCUGAUGAGAUUUUACUGUUGAGGGUGCGUAACCCCUGGGGAUUUGUCGAGUACUGUGGGCCGUGGAGUGACAAGUGUAAAGACUGGGACAGUAUAGACAGCGCUCAAAAGACCAGACUUGAGUUGGCCAAAGUUGAAGAUGGAGAAUUCUGGAUUGCAAUAGAGGACUUUUGUCGACUGUAUAAUACAGUGGAAAUGUGCAGCGUGAAUCCUGACUCCAUGUCGGGAGAGGCGAGCGAGGACACGGCUUCCCCUACCUGGAGUCUGAGCUCACAUCAGGGUACCUGGGUUCCAAUGUGCUCUGCAGGAGGCAGCCGCCGGUACCCAAGAUCUUUCUGGAGAAACCCUCAGUUCCAACUGGUUUUGUCUGAGAAAGAUAUGGAUGAACAUGACUUUGUAGAGGACGAGAUUGAGGACGAAGAUCCGGCUGGAGAAGAAGAUGAAGUUUAUGUGCCGCCUCCGGUGAUCAAAACCGGGAAACAGGAAAAGAAGAAGAAGGGCACAAUAUUGGUGGAGCUCCUGCAGAAAUAUCGCAGACAAAAAGAUAAAGUCAACUUUCUUUACAUAGCCUUCCACAUCUACAAGAUCCCGCCUGAGUUGAAGGACAAACCAGGUUCUCUAGACCAGCAGUUUUUCUCCAACAACAGGCCUGUCAGUCGGUCUGGAAAGUACCGGAGCAUCAGGAGUGUCUGGAGGAAGGUGCACCUUGAACCUGGCACUUACGUUAUAAUGGCCUCCACCUUCAGGCCCAACCAGCAGGGGGAGUUCUUCCUCCGUAUUUACACCAAAACUGGCAACAUACAAGGGUUUCAGGAUUUUCCAUGUACCAGCAAUUACUCAGCGACUGUUAUGUCAAAGCCAUCUUUACCUGAGGACCAAUAUAGGGUGCAGAAGUGGUUUGAAGAGAAAGCUGGAGUGGACGACAGAGUGAAUGCUGUGCAGUUUAUGAAUCUGGUGAACUCAGUUUUGGAAAAAGACUAUGAACUUCCACUGGAGACAUGCAGACAGCUCAUAUUUGGAGAGGAUACUGGUGGCAGAGGGCGACUGAACAGAGCUCAAGCAGAGAAGCUGCUCACCUCCCUACGCAAUCUGCAGUCUAUCUUUUUCCAAUUCGACGAGGAUUCGUCUGGAACCAUGAGUCCGUUUGAACUUACUCUGGCUCUGAAUGCUGCAGGUGUGGAGGGUGACAGUGUUGUGGUGCAGAUGUUGUGGGAGAGGUUUGGCGCUGGUGAACUCUAUCUGCCCUUCUAUGGCUUUGUGUCCUGUGUUACCAGACUGCAGGUGCUCUUUGAUCUCUUCGAGGCCGAGACCAGCACAGAGGUGAAAGACAGAGGGAUCAAUGCUUGGCUGCUCAGGCUGUUGGCUAUAUGAGCCGGUUCAGACAUGACACCUCAGCAGGACAGACGUGUUAGGCCAAGACCACUCUGACGUCAUCAACCUGGGCCUGCAUCUCCAGCUCUCCAUAUCUCUCUCUCUUCGAUUUUAUUUGUGUUGUAUAUCUCUGGACCUUUGCCUUGCAGUUAUAUACACCCACAUAAUGUUUCUUCAUUUGGGCUGUAAGAUCAUGUAGGUCAUUACAGUCUGGAUACGAAAUGGACUUUGAUAUAUUCACAUUAUACACACUUCCUUAAUGCAUUCCUAAUCACCAAAAGAUUUCAGAUAUUUUAAGAGCUUUUUUAAAAUCACGCAUUAUCCAUUAUUAGUGAAUAGUUGGGGACAGUCCCAAAAUCAUCAAGAUUAUUAGAUUGCUUCAUUUAACUGUAUUUUCCAUUGUUUUUCGUCUUUUGAAAAACAGCCCCAUGAGUAAGUACUUCAGUAUUACUCAUUGGGCUGUUUUAUACAUAAGAUAAAAAAAAUGAAAGGAAACAUGAAGUUAAAUGAAGUAAUCUAAUAAUCUUGAUGAUGUUCUCCCUUUCAUAAACAUCAAAUUAUAAGUGUGUUAAUUAUAGACAUAAUAAACUCUAAUGUUCAUUGAUAUCUAAUCUGCACUCUAAUAAAUGCUGGGUUAUUUUCAACUGAGCAGCAACCCAGUUGGGUCAUAAAGGGACAAACACAGCCCAUUGGGUUGUAAUUCUACCUAUGCUAGGUUGUUUCAACCCAAAAUGCUAGGUUGUUUCAACCCAAAAUGCUAGGUUGUUUGGUCAAAAUAUACAAAUUUUCUCGGUUAAUUUAACCCAAUGGAUGGGCUUGUCACUUUUUGACCCAACGCUGUGUUGAAAAUAACCCAGCAUUUUUAUGUGUAUGCUAUAGGUUAUUUUAACCCAAAUUGCUAGGUUGUUGGGUCAAAUAUAAAAGAAUUUUGGUUAAAUUAAUCCAGUGGUUGUGCUUGUCCCUUUUUGACCCAACGCAGUGUUGAAAUAACCCAGCAUGUAUUUUGUUUGUAUGCUAGGCUGUUUCAACCCAAAAUGUUGGGUUGUUUUAACCCAUUGUUUGGUUAAAAUAUACAAAUUUUCUGGGUUAAUUUAACCCAAUGGCUGGGCUUGUCCCUUUUUGACCCAACGCUGAGUUGAAAACUAGCAUUUUUUUGUGUGUACGCUAGGCUGUUUCAACCCAAAAUGCUGGGUUGUUUUAACCCAUUGUUUGGUCAAAUAUAAAAACUUUUUGGGUUAAUUUAAACCAAUGGCUGGGCUUUUUCACCUAACCCAGCAUUGAUAAGAGUGCACACUGUAUAUCAAUGAACAUUAUAAUAAAUGUUUAAUUCAAGUCACUUCAAAUUUAAACUAUAUCCAGCUAUAUCCUGAAAUAAUUACUAAUCGCUAAUCACUUAAUAAUUACUAAUUACAGUAUAAAUAAUUGAUAUUACUUAUUCUUCAUUCUACAUUUUUAUUUUACUAGAUAUUUGGUUGCAUAUUAGUGCCUGACAACCUAUUAACUUUAAUUUUAAAUAAUAAAACUGAAUCAACAUUCAUUAAAAUUUUAUCUGGGAUUUUUAUGCAUGACAGACAGUUAUAGGAAAUUUUCAUUUCACUGUCUGGUACUGUCAUAAACCGUCACUGUUUUUUUCAUUUGUUGUUUUUGUGCAUACAUGUCGAUUCAGACUGCAGCCGUACCAGCUGCGAUUUGCUUUUAGAAGUCAAAUUCUGCAAUGCUAAUAAUGCAUUUAAAAGUGUGGUCUCAUAAUGCUUGUCAUACUUGUUGUACCAAGAAGCAUAAUUGCUUUUUUCUCAUAAAGCAUGACUCUUA